ACGGUCUGCCACCCGGGUAUGGCGAAGACACGUUCAGUGGUCGAACAAAGGUUCUGGUGGCCUAACCUCAGCAAGGACGUAAGGGAGUUCGUCAACGCCUGCCCGGUGUGUGCUGCCAAUAAGACUUCCCGCCUACGGCCUGUUGGUGAGUUGCAAUCCCUGUCCAUCCCCUUUCGUCCGUGGUCACACAUCGCGCUGGACUUCGUCACCGGCCUGCCGCCUUCUCAAGGGAACACAGUGGUGCUGUCCAUAGUGGACCGUUUUUCCAAAAUGGUCCACUUCGUGCCGCUUCCGAAGAUCCCGUCGGCCAAGCAGACAGCCCAGUUGGUAUUAGACGAGGUCGUCCGUUACCACGGCCUACCCCAGGACAUCGUUUCGGACAGGGGUCCGCAAUUCAGCGCCCGUUUCUGGAAGGAGUUCUGCAACCUCAUCGGCGCUUCAGCAAGUCGGACAUCGGGUCAUCACCCAGAGUCUAACGGCCAGAUUUAGAGGAUUAACCAGGAAUUAGAGACCGGUCUUCGAUGUCUGGCAUCCGGGGACCAGAGCACGUGGAGCCAGCACAUCAAGUGGGUGGAGUAUGCCCACAAUUCUCUGCCCUCCGCUUCAACAGGUAUGGCUCCACUCCAUGUCAUGCAUGGGUAUCCUCCAUCCCUGUUUCCUCCACUGGUCACAUAAUCCACAGUUCCGUCGGCCCUGGCCGUGGUGCGACGCUGCAAACGGACCUGGGAAGCAGCUCGGAGGACACUGCUGCGCAUGAGCAGCGCCUACAAGGCCGCAGCAGACCGCAAGAGGAGGGCCGCACCAGAGCUCAGAGUGGGACAGCGAGUGUGGCUCUCCACCAAAGAUCUCCCGCUGCGGACGGAAUCCCGCAAACUUGCUCCCAGACUUCGCCCGAAUCGCACAUCGUCGCUGGCUCCUCCGCUCAAAUCCCCCCCGCUCCCCCGCAUGGUCGACGGUGGGUUGGUGUACACUGUGCGCCGGUUGCUGUCUUCCCGUCGCAGAGGAAGGGGGGUCCAGUACCUGGUGGACUGGGAGGGAUAUGGCCCGGAGGAGCGUUCUUGGAUCCCCUCCCGCUUCGUCGUGGACCGCUCCCUCAUCAGGGACUUUCACGCGGCUCACCCUGAUGCUCCUGGGCCGUCCAGAGCCGGCCGUUGAGGGGGGGGUUCUGUCAUGCUCCUGGAUUCCAGCCAGGGCUGGGCGUGACCAGCUAAUCUGAAGGUGCACACCUGCGCCUCAUGACCUUUGAUUAAGACCCAGUACAUAUAGGACCCGGGGGACGACUAUUACUCUGCUAGAUCGUUGCCUCUCGUGCCUCGUUCCCGCACUACCGUACUCCUGACGUCUACCUCCUGUGUACCAACCAACGCCUGUCUCCCGACCUACCCCGUAAGCCUGCCGUUACUGAUCUUGCUGCUUGUUUGGACUGACUCCCUGGUAACCGACAUUGGAACGAAUAAAGGCUUAUUCCGCACUGCUUACCUCUCACCUGAGUCGUGCAUUUGGGUCCACCCCCGAGUCUCGUCCGUGACAGAGAACAAUGUUUUGGGAACUUUAAUGUAGUUUAAUGAGUUUUUUGGCAGAUAUUUUACAUUUUGGAACCGGGCUGUUGAGAUCCUAUUUCAACAUGUUACAGUAUUUGUCAAUAGCUAAUUAUGUUUGUAGAUUGAUCUCCCUGCUUGUAGAUUUUUUUUUUUUUUUUUGUAAGUGAAAGAGGAGGAGGCUGAAGGGUACCAGAAGUACAGUUUAAGGGACCACAGUUUGACAGAAACUGACAGAACUUUAUUUUGCUCUGUCCAAUUUUUUUUCCCUUCAGUAGGUAGUAGUGGCACGCGGUGGGUCAUCUGUAAAGUUGUGGGCUCACAGUUCUGAGGUCCAUGGUUGGAUCCCGGCCCCGCCUGUGUGGAAUUUGCAUAUUCUCCCCGAGGCUGCGUGCGUUUUCCCCGGGCACUCGGGUUUCCUCCCACAAUCCAAAAACAUGUGACAUUAAUUGGACACUCUAAAUUGCCCCUAGGUGUGAUUUUGAGAGUGGCUGGUUGUCUCCAUGUGCCCUUCAAUUGGCUGGCAACCACUUCAGGAUGUACCCUGCCUCCUGCCCAUUGACAGCCGGGAUAGGCUCCAGCACUCCCGCAACCCUCGUGAGGAUAAGUGGCUAAGAAAAUGGAUGGAUGGAUGGAAAGGUUGUAGUAUGAUUAAAUCCAUCGUCCAUCCAUCUUUACUAAAAGCUCAAGUAAAAGUGUGUGUAUUUUGUUUCAUUUUUCAUAGAAGCUUACCCACUCUCUCACUUUGUUCUCUUUCUCGCACGCACACAGACACACACACACACACACACACACACACACACACGCACACAGUUUAGAAUUAAGGUCCACAUAGUGUUUGAUAUCUUGGUGCAGUAGAAAAUAUAUACAUUUCUCUCGGGCCAAUGCUUAAAAUAAUACCCUCUCAUUCAGUGAAGACACAUCCGCCCGGAGGCGUUUAUCUUAAUUUGUUGACAUCUGGUGACAUCAACAUCCUGCAGUCAUGUCAGCAACGUUUUCCUCGCUACAUAUUGAGACAAAAUAUUACAUCUUCUCCGUGUCCUGUAAACUCACUAGAAACCUCCGAAAAUAUGAAAACAAGGGCAUUUAUCCACAAAUGGUAAAUAGGAAGUCUUCUUCGAAGAGCUUAUUAUGAAUGCAAAAAGAUUGAUUUAUUUCCAACAUUAAUAGCAACCACUCAUUUUAGUUUAGCAUUAAAUUAGUUGUAGUGAUGAUGGAGACUGGUUAGCACAUCUGCCUCAAAUUUCUGAAGCCCUGGGUUCAAAUCCAUCCUUGCCUAUGUGGCACCUUUCUGCCUGUGUGUAUUUUCUCUGGGUACUCUGAUUUACUCCCACUUCCCAAAAGCAUGAAUGCAUGGAUAAUGGGAGAUGCUAAAUUGCUUGAGGUGUGAACCUAAGUAUGAAUGGCUGUUUAUUUAUAUGUUUGCUGCGAUUGGCUGACAACUGGUUGAGGGUGUACGCAGCCUCUCGCUCGAAGAUAGUUGUUAUUGGCACUAGCAUGCCUGCGACCCUAGUGAGGAUAAAUGAUAUGGAAAAUUAAUUAAUGAAUGUUUGUUUGGUGAAGUUGAGCUCUUUCUGUACACUUUCAAUAAUAUGCAGUAAAUUUCCAAACAAGUUUGUCAGAAUCAGAAUCAACUUUAAUGGCCAAGUAUGUAACAACACACAAGGAAUUUGCCUCCGGCAGUCGAUGCAUGGUACAAGAUUCAUGAUGAGUACUGAGAUGAAGAGCAAAAAAACUAACAAGAACAAAGAACAUGAGACAUUUACUCAAUAGGAACUUUUCCUUUUAAAAGUCACAGAUGUGCAAGAUGCAGUCUUCUUCAUUUCAGCCACUGUAGUAAAGACUACGUCAAUGCCCCACAUUAUGUUAAGCUUGUACAGAAAGCUCCCACCCAUUCGCGGUUCCCACUACAAACCAGUGCAAUGACAGUUGUGCAAAGGGAGCAAGUUAAAAAUGACGAAUUGUGCAAUAAUCUACUGCUAAUACUAAUACUGACUAGACGAGGAGGAUGGUGAGUCUGUGUCCCAACAACGGUGCAAAGCAGAAAAUAGUAGGUACGCUGAUCAAGACUUUAAUGACUUAAUUGCAAGAGGGGAAAAAACUGUUUGAAUGCCUUCUAGUUUUGAUCAGCAUUGAUCGGUAGUAUCUACCCAAUAGAAGGACCUGGAAGAGCUGGUGGCCAGGAUGUGGAGGGUCCAAAAGGAUCCUGCCCGCUCUGGUCCCAGUUCAAGUGGAGUGCAAGUUUUCAGAAGUGGGUAGGGUGGUCCUGACAAUCCGUUCAGCAGUUUGUGGAGCUUGUCUGGGUCUUUGUUCCCCUGGCAGGGUGACCAAGAAGAAACAGGUCCUUGGUGAGGAACCAGACAGAACACAGUUCAGAAACCUCGUUGAUACAUACACAACAGAAUAGAAUUAUAGAAUAGACAGAAUAGAAUUAGACAUUCUUGGCCAGACAAGGGUCACUGGAGUCCCCCUCUGGAGCCAGGUCUGGGAGUGGGGCUCAAUGUCAAGGCCAUGGUGGUCGGUCCUGCGACUUGAGGCCUGGCCUGAUAAUGUGAUUCUUCCUCACCAUGAGCUCAGCACUCAUAUGAAGGGGCCAAGUGGGUAUCCAUCCUUUUUCUGAGCUGCUUAUCCUCACAAAUGUUGGCUGAGUCUUGGAGGCUAUCCAAACUAUCUUUGGGGAGGAGGCGGGGUACACCCGGAACUUGUUGCCAGCAGGUUAUAUGUAGAUAAUCAUCCGCACUCACAUUCACAUCUACGUACAGUUUAGAGUCCCCAGUUAACCUACCAUGCAUGUUUUGGGCAUGUGGGAGGAAAGGCUGCCUGGAGAAAACCCACACAGUCACAGGGGACAACAUGCAAAUUCCACACAGAUGGGGCCACGAUUUGAACCCCGGUCCUCAGAACUGUGAGGCAGGUGCUCGAACCAGUUGUCCACCGUGCAAGCCCUAUCAACUCAUAGUAAAUAUAAUUUCUCCCACCCAGAGGCACCUCCUGUUAAUCUUUUUUCCUAUGGGAAAGAAAUGAGGCAUCUGUUUUGUCCGGUAUCCAUUUGUUUUAGUGGAUAUGGGGUAUGGUCUCUUACAAAAUAGACCCCUACUACAGCAUGACAUUUUUUCAUGCCUUUCUCUCUGUUAC